GUCACUCUGGUGUGUGUAUGACUAGCAGCGGCUGCCAUGGCGACCGGGAAGCGGCGAGAGGAGGGCGGGUGGUUGCAGUGCCAUGGUAACACAAAUCGCCACCUGACUGAUGUGGGAUAUACCACUGUGCGGCUGUGUGUGAGAGACAGGAGAGGGCUACACCACUGGCGGAAGGGAGGGGGAGGAAACGCUAUCGCUAUCUGUUCCCGUAACCUCCGCUGCUGCCCCCUGACCCACAUCACUCCUUAGCAUGUACUGAGAGCAGCGCGACAUGUUCCCCAACAAAUACCGGGGGAGGCUGCUGCCUAAUGUAAAUAACUGUGGCCUUCAUUUGGUUUUACAGACUACCCCUGUAACAGACAAAAAUAAGCAGUUUGAUUUCAGGUUAAGUAAAGACACAGCAUCUCUAAACAACAGGCAGUCUCAGCAUGACCUUGAAAAGGACAUUACUCUAAGGCAAGCUGAUGACUUUUCUGAAGACUCUUCUACAGAUGGAAGGCAUUCAAGUCCAGUGAAUCGGAAUAAACCGUCAUAUAUCCCGUUGACUUCUAAUGUUACUGAGGUUUUUGGCUCUGCUCCAAGAUAUGGAAGGGAGUCAAUGUCACUGGGAGCAUUUGGAGAACUUCCCAGUCAUAUAUCCACUAAAAGCAGGUCCAGAUCUGUCUCCCAUUCUGCCAGUGCAAAUAACAACCAUGAGGAUCCACAUAAAUCAAAAGACCAUUUCCAUUGUUUGACUAACUUGCCAAGAUCAGAACCAGGAAGUCUUAUUGUGCAUCGUACUGCAGAAGAAAAAGCUGUCAGCUCAGACAAACUUAAUUUAGAAAGGCAAAAACUGACUGCUUUCCCUGUGCUAGAAGGUGAAGAACAUCUGCGGUUAUUAUAUUUACAACAUAACUUUAUUAAAAAAAUCCAGAGCAUUUCAAGUCUUCAACGUCUCAUAUUUUUAGAUCUGUAUGACAACCAUAUAGAAGAAAUAAGUGGGCUUUCCGCUUUGAAAUCUUUGCGCGUCCUCAUGCUUGGAAAGAACAGAAUUCAAAAAAUAUCAAACUUGGAAAAUCUUAAAAAUCUUGAUGUUUUAGAUCUACAUGGGAAUCAGAUAUGUAAAAUAGAAAAUGUUGGACACCUGGGAGAGUUACGAGUAUUAAACCUUGCCCGAAAUCAAAUAAGCCAAGUGGAAAACUUAAAUGGUUUAGACUCACUGACAGAGCUCAACCUGAGGCAUAACAACAUCAGUCUUGUGAGAGAUGUGGAUACUUUGUCCAGCCUCCAGCUCCUUUAUCUCAGCUUUAAUAACAUAUCAAGAAUCAAUGACAUCUUGUGCCUUGCUGACUCAACAUCGCUUUCAGAUGUUACACUUGAUGGCAACCCUAUAGCUCAAGAGCCAUGGUACAGGCAAACCAUUCUUGGACAUAUGCUGCAGCUGCGACAGCUGGAUAUGAAGAGAAUUACAGAAGAAGAAAGACGUACUGCAUCUGUUCUAGCAAGAAAAGAAGAAGAGAGAAAGCGUGAAAGCCAUAAGCAAGCCUUACUAAAGGAAAAAAAAAGAAUUGCCAUUUCCAAUGCUGCACGCCAGUGGGAUAUUCAGCAAAAACGAGUUGUACCUGGCACAAAUUCAGAUCAGGGAAGCAAAGGUUCUAUAUCUGCAGAUUAUGAAUUUAGAGAUGAAAAAAGGUCACUUGAUACUGUGCUUAGCAGUGCUGUACAAGGCCUAUCUUUGGUGGAUUCGCAUCUUGUGGAGUUGGAAGGAGAUACAUUAUGCCUGUAUGGCUUGGGAGCUCUUGAAUCUCUUGACAGAACGUGGAGUGUUCAGACAGCUGGCUCAGUCAACACCAUCUCUUUCAUGUUUAUAAACUUUGAGAAUAUUGUACAAGUUCUGCUAAAAAUAAGACUCAAGUUUCCCAAUGUAACGCACCUUAAAUUUAAGGAAAACAAUCUGAUCACCUUGAAUCAUUUCAAUGCUUUAGCUCAGCUACGCCGGCUUGAUCAGUUGACUGUGGAUCCUCAGGGAAACCCUGUUGUUAACUUUACUCUUUGGAAGUAUUAUGUUCUGUUCAGAUUGAACAACUUCAACAUCCAGAAAAUCAAUGACAAUGAGGUAACCCAAAAUGAUGUAGUUAUGUCUGAGAGGCUCUUUGGAAUUCUUGCGCAUGUUGCAUCUUCGGAGUUACCACAUUAUAGGCUUCUUGCCCUACUUGGUGAUUCAAGGAAAAAAAUAUUCCAUCAACUUCUGGAAGGGAAGUCUAAGAAAGUUCCUGAAGUGGGAGAAGAAAGUAAUGAUAACAAGAGGCUCGGUGGUGAGACCCCAAACCGAUCAGUGUUGCAGUACAUUCCACAGGAACUGCUCAGUGACAAGUUGGAGGAUAUCGAGGAAAAGAAAACUUUCUGCCGCUCCUACGUGAUGGACUUAGUAAAUGAAGCAACUGAUAUCAACAUGAAAAAUGAAUCUUUGCAAAAGCUGUGGCCACAGAUGUUCAUUGAGCUGGUCAGAGAUGCUGUGAUUGAAGUCCGUGAUAAGAACAAUUAUAUGAAACAGUGCUUGCAGAGAAUCUCUGAACAGAAAUAAUCCUGUAGCCGUAUUAUUUUACUCAUGUUAUCCAAACAGUGUGGUUCAGUAUUCCCACAUUUAAAAGGAGAACAUUUUUUGCCCCCCCCCCCCCCCCCCCCUUUAUUCCACUUGGUUGUUGUUUUUUUCAUGUCUACUACUUUUAUCUAGCUCCCUAUCGAAUAUUGAGCAGUAUUGAAGCCAUUUUUGUGUUAGACCAUACUCAGACACUAGGAUUUAGACCUCUUUAUUACCAAGAAAAAGCAUUGUUAAAGACAAAUAAGCCAUGACCCUUAAAUGUCUUCCACUGUUUUAUGAAUACGUGGAAAAAUGCAACUGGAUGGCUACUGUACGUUGUCAAAUAUACAGACACUUUUUGAUGUAUUUGGCUUUUUUGAAACUUUUGUUUAAAAAAAUAAUAAAUUAAAUUAUUCCUCUUUUGUAUCUUGUAUUAAUCAUAUGAAUUUUAAUAAAUGCAGUACAAAAAGUA